UGCUGCACGACGCGAAGGUAUUCCCCGCAAAAUCACAACAUUUCUUUCCUAGUUUCUUUCGGCCACGGCUCUUUCUUCCUGUACUUGGAAAAUUUGCUGGUUGCAGCAAUGGGUUAUCUGGGCUGGUCUAAAAUGACUUGAAGUUGGAUUGUGGCCUGUGGAGUAGUGGAAUCUUCUGAAGCAUAAAAAGUAAAUGGAGGAUCCUCGUUCAGUAAAUAGUCCGAGAAGGACUCUGAGCUUCUCCAGGAACAGAAGGGCAACUGGUUCUUUUACAUAUCCAGAUGACAAAGCUUCAGGAUUUGGUGUCUCUGGGGAGCAUGGUCCCAAGCCCUCUGAAGUUUAUGGUUUUGUUGGUUCCAUUUCUACUGUUGUUGCUACAGUUAUCUUUUUGGUGUGGGCAUAUGUUCCAGAAAAUUGGUUGCAUUCUGUUGGGAUCUUCUACUAUCCAAGCAGGUACUGGGCAUUGGCUGUGCCAGCUUAUUUGAUGGUGACGGUAGUACUGGCAAUUGGAUUUUACAUUGGACUGAACUUCAUGGCUACGCCACCUCCAACUUCUUUCAGUACAAUGUUUGAUGAAUUCAGUAGAGAACCUUUGAGCAGCGUCUGUGAUGGUGAUGAGCAGCCAAUUGAGCCCAUUUCUGAUAUUGGCAUCAACAAGAUUAACAACAUCAUGUUUAACAAAUUUAACCAACUCUCGUGAACUUGUCGUGAUCUAUAAAAUCUCAAGGAUGCAGGGCUGAUCUAGAGCAUAAUUCGCAUACGAGAGUUAUUCACCUAGUUUAGUAGCUUGGUAAAAAUUUUAAAAACAACAAGGUCAUCUGAAGAAUCAGAGCGCUGUGACAUGAACGCAACAUUUUGGUUAAGUAUGCGAUUUGGACAGUAGUAUUACACACAAAAAGUUCCAAUUAGAUGCAACUGCCACUGCCACCUUCACUAUCCCUUUCUGUGUUAUUCAAUCUAUGGUGCUUCCACUCCCGUUAAAUUUAUAGGUGUUGCUAUUUCCCUUGUUUAUAUCCAGGGGAGGAAAGUGGAAGUCAUGGGACAUUUUAUUUUCAUGGCUGUUCGCAUGGGUGUAAAUGUUUUAGGCUUUUUUCCUUUAGGAGCAGGUAAGGUAUUGUCAGCAGUCUUGGAAGCUGAUGAAUGUUAGCUAGUAAAUCAUCUUCCCUUUAACUCUUUCAAUCUUUUGUAGCGUGGAAUGUGUAUUUGCUAAAUAUUAGUACUUGAUUGACUUGGAUUGUAUAUAGAUUUCUGUUUACUCAAGUACUCCAGAUGAUGAAAAUGCACUGCACAUUAUAAUUUAGUUUCC